GCCCCCUUGCAGGUGGGAAGCCUGGGGCUCGAACUAGGAUCCUUAUGCCAGUUCCUGCACUUCACAUUAUGUGUGCUUAACCCAGUGCGUUGGUGCCUGCCCCCCCACUAAAGACAUUUCUAAGGAGAACAGGGAAUCAGCACUAAUUCCACUAACUUAUUCCAUUAUCUUUGGAGUAGAUUUAUAAUAUACAGGUUCACAUGCACUGGCUCAGUGGGGUAGGGAGCUGGUGAGGGAGCAUGCUAUACCCCAUCAGAGGUCCUUGCUUCUUCCUCUGUUCCCUUUUCUCUGCUUGUGUCUCACCAGGUCCUGGCAUACUUCAGACUUACGAGAUUUGUCAAGGGCUGUUUCUGAUGUGUCUGUUGUCUCUCUUUUGCCUUCCUCGAUAACUCACCACUAUCAGGGAUUCCAGGGAUUCUAUGCUGAGUGUGAAGGUUUUUUUUUUUUUUUUUUUUUUUUUUUUCCCCACUCAAUGAAACCAUUCUAUUUCUGGCCACCAGGGGACAUCCGUAGAUGAGUUCUGUCCCUUCUCCUGUUUAGGCUUUUCCCAAGAGUUUCUUACCUUAUCGGCUUAGCUGGAUAGAACUAUUUUUAAAUGCCUGCUUUUGGCUACCACAUUAGAUUGGUCUCCCUCACUUUCCUUUCUCUUUCUCUUGUCCAAAUGUGUGUGUCUAAGAAGUUCUCUGAGAUAUUAUCACAUCAACCCUGUCUCUUUUCUCUGAGAAUAACUUUCUUUUUUUUUAAAAGAAUUUUAAAAAAUAUUUAUUUAUUCCCUUUUGUUACCCUUGCUUUAUUGUUGUAGUUAUUAUUAUUUUUGUUGUUGUUAUAGAUGUCAUUGUUGUUGAUAGGACAGAGAGAAAUGGAGAGAGAUGGGGAAGACAGAGAUGGGGAGAGAAAGAUAGACACCUGCAGACCUGCUUCACCGCUUGUGAAGCGACUCCCCUGCAGGUGGGGAGCCGGGGGCUCGAACCAGGAUCCUUCCGCUGCUCCUUGAGCUUUGCAUCACCUAUGCUUAACUGGCUGCGCUACCGCCGGACUCCCAGAAUAACUUUCUUUUCUCUCUUUCUUUUUUUUUUUUUCAGAAUAACUUUCUUGGUUGGGCUGCAACGCAGAGGAGAGACAGGAGAUCCUGAGCGGAGAGGGAACACACAUCUUUAUUCUCGCAGGCACCUCAGAGUUGGCAUCGAACCCAGGGCUUCACGCACGCAUGCCAGUGUCAUCCUUUUUGCUCUCAAUUCUUCAAGCCAAACCCAAAGCGCUAUGCAACAAUGUGUCCACAGAGGCUCCUUCUGGCCAUGUUUUGAAGUUGGUAUGGCUUUCUGUAAUGGGAUGAACCUGACUAAAGGGAUUAGCGGGAUGCAUAGAGGAUCCCACUUGUAAUCUGUGCUGUUCCGCCUGUCCCUUCUUGGCUGGGACGGAAACUGCAGGAAGGACACAGAGGACUGGCCCCCUUUGUCAGCUCCAACUCUGAGGCCCCUGCUAUCACUGAAGAGUUAAUGGGGGUCACCAACUAGGGGGGCUCAAAAUGGGCAGCCCCCAGAGCAGCUCCCUGCAGCUUGGGCUAUCUGCAUCCUUCCCAAGGCCCUGAGCCUUCUGCUCUGGGGGUCAUUAUUACAGUUGGCAGAGGGAGCCGAGCAGUGGGAGGCUGCCUGGACUGCACCCUGCAAGCAUGGCGCUAAUGAAGAUGAAAUUUGACCAGAAGAAGCGAGUCAAGUUGGCCCAAGGGCUCUGGCUCAUGAACUGGCUUUCUGUGCUGGCUGGCAUCGUCAUCUUCAGCUUGGGGCUGUUCCUGAAGAUAGAGCUCCGGAAGAGAAGCGAGGUGAUGGAUAACUCUGAGAGCCAUUUCGUGCCCAACUCCUUGAUUGGGGUGGGGGUGUUGUCUGUUGUCUUCAACUCUCUGGCCGGCAAGAUCUGCUAUGAUUCCCUGGACCCUGUCAAGUACGCCAAGUGGCGGCCCUGGCUGAAGCCCUACCUGGCUGUUUGUGUCCUCUUCAACAUCGUUCUCUUCCUAGUGUCCCUCUGCUGCUUCCUCAUGCGGGGCUCCCUGGAGAGCACCCUGGCCCACGGGCUCAAGAAUGGCAUGAAGUACUACCGGGACACGGAUACACCUGGCAGGUGUUUCAUGAAGAAGACCAUAGACAUGCUCCAGAUCGAGUUCAAAUGCUGCGGCAACAAUGGCUUUCGGGACUGGUUUGAGAUCCAGUGGAUCAGUAACCGCUACCUGGAUUUUUCUUCCAAAGAAGUCAAAGAUCGGAUCAAGAGCAACGUGGACGGGCGGUACCUGGUGGAUGGUGUCCCCUUCAGCUGCUGCAACCCCAACUCUCCACGGCCCUGCAUCCAGUACCAGCUCACCAACAACUCGGCGCACUAUAGCUAUGACCACCAGACGGAGGAGCUCAACCUGUGGGUGCUGGGUUGCCGGGCCGCCCUGCUCAACUACUACAGCAGCCUCAUGAACUCCAUGGGUGCUGUCACGCUCCUUGUCUGGCUCUUUGAGGUGAGCAUCACUAUCGGGCUGCGUUACCUGCACACGGCGCUGGAAAAUGUGUCGAACUCCGAAGACCCUGAGUGUGAGAGUGAGGGCUGGCUACUGGAGAAGAGUGUGCCGGAGACCUGGAAGGCCUUUCUGGAGAGCUUGAAAAAGCUGGGAAAGAGCAACCAGGUGGAUGCUGAAGGAGCUGAAGCAGGCCAGGCCCCAGAGGCUGGCUGACGGCCCUGGGUCCCCUCUCCUCCUGAACACUGAGAAGUAGUGCACUCCAAGAUAUGCAGACCCUCUCCUUUCCAAUCUGAAUCUCCCACAGAAGAUGGGCCAUCUAACUCAGACUCUUCCUGAUGGUGGAUGUAAAGUGUAGUUGCGUUUGGCAAAUGUUUUUUGGGAUGACUCAGAAAGAGUGCUCAGGCCCACUGUCCCAGGACAAACCUUCGUGGUGGACUCAGGAUCUUGAGAUGGUGACUAUACCCAAGGCCCGUCUCUCUUGCAGCAGUACACACAUCCAUUACAUCCCUGAGGUGUCUGGUUGCACCCAAGGCCUAUUCCCCUUUUGCAAGUUUGCCGUUAUGAGCACUGAGUUGCUUCAUUGUCUAUCCAAAGCACUACUCAGUUCGUUAUCACGGGAGACUGAAAAUUGUACUGGUCAUCUCUCUCUCUCUCUCUCUCUCUCCUUCUUUCCCUUCUUUCUCUCUGCCAGUAUUGACAGGUUGGUCAUGGUGUUUGUUUAAAUGAUGGAAGGUGGACUCUCCAAAGCACCAAGGGCUCAAAAGAGGACUUCUUCAAUCAUGGGAAGAUAAUUUAAAGGCCAGAAAGUAUUCCCUUUCUGUUCCCUGCCCCCAAACACAGCUAAAGGCCUACUUUUGGGGGCCAGGUGGUGGCACACCUGGUUGAGAGCACACAUUACUAUGAGCAAGGACCCUGCUUCCAGACCUGCAGGAGGGACACUUCAUGAGAGGCGAAACAGGUCUGCAGGUGUCUCUGUCUUUCUUCCUCUCUAUCUCCCCCUUCCUUCUCAAUUUCUUUCUGUCAUAUCUAAUAAAAUAGAAAGAGAAAAAUAAAAGGGAAAAAAAUGGCUUCUGGGAGUGGUGGGUUUGUAGUACAGCACCGAUCUCCAGCAAUAGCCCUGGUGGCAAUAACAAAAUAAACAUAAACUAACUUAUAAGUAUAUAAAGGCCUGCUUUCCUGUCUCAUCCACAUGCCCUCAGUCACUUAGUCAGGAGCGAACCAUAGGUCUGAGGGACUCCAGUAGUUGGUUUACUCUAUAACAUCCUAUUCCAAAGAGCCAGUGACCUCCUUUGUUUCUUCUGUGGAAACACUGGGUUGAAGAGCUGCCCUUCUGUGGAAGCCGAGCAACUGGCAGCUAAGAGCCCACCCCUUGGAAACCAGGCUUGAUGGGCCCAAGAACACCCACAAAGGUGGCCAUGACACUGCCCCUCCCCCAUCCCACCUCACCCCCCAACACUAAUGGUCUUCUGUGGAGGGUAAGAGAGUCUGCUGGGAGUUUUUUUUUUUUUUUUUUUUUGCUAUGUCUUUUUCCAGACAGCCAUUCUGCAAAAACAGUAUUUCCAGAAAGCCUCUGCAGUGAAGAAGACUCUUUGAGGCAACUCAUCUUCCCAAGAUAGCAACUGCCAGAGAAGUUUUUACUUCCCUUAGCAAGAAAGAGAAAGGCAGAUUUUUAGGGAAA